UACAAGUAGUCAUUAUCUUUGAAUGUGACGUUUUUUUAUUUGGUUUAUAUAUGGGAUAUUUAUGAGUAUAGUUCCAAAUCUUACUAAAUCAGAGAAAACUAUGAAUAAUCCAAGAUCAGUUAAUUCUUCAGCUUCUCCGGCGAACCUAGAUCUCGUGGAAAACCAGCGUCAGUCAAGUUCUGGAGAGUUUUCAAGAAUAGAGAAACGAAACGGAGCGACGAAGAUAACGUUUCACUCCAAGUCUAUGCCCCGAGGUUGCAAUGACAAGAAGUAUGACCUAUUCAGGACCAUGUCAGGGAAGCUCGAACGUCAAAUAUCAAAUCUCCGUGGAAAACCCAUUGACACUUCGUUGCAGGAUAAAGAGAUCACUGAAUCUCUAACCGCUGAGAGAUUCUUAGAGGCUCUUCAAGGCCCUGAACUUGAAACUCUCAAGGAGAUGGAGAAGAUAGUGUUGCCUGAGGACAAAACAUGGCCAUUUCUUCUUAGGUUUCCAGUAACAUCGUUCGGGAUGUGUCUUGGAGUAAGCAGUCAAGCCAUCAUGUGGAAAACCUUAGCAACCACAAAGGCCGAGAAGUUCUUACAUCUCACGCAAGUAGUCAACCACGUCCUUUGGUGGAUUUCACUCGUCCUCCUCGUCUCCUUCUCCAUCACUUACCUCUUCAAAACCAUCUUCUUCUUCGAGGCGGUGCGCCGCGAGUUCAAGCAUCCCAUCCGAAUCAACUUCUUCUUCGCUCCUCUCAUUUCAGUCCUCUUCUUGGCACUUGGUAUCCCACACUCCAUCACCUCGAGUCUCCCCUCUAUACUUUGGUACUUCUUUAUGGCUCCGAUCUUGCUUCUUGAGAUGAAGAUUUAUGGACAGUGGAUGUCUGGUGGACAACGACGCCUCUCCAAAGUUGCUAACCCUACAAACCACCUUUCCAUCGUCGGUAACUUCGCCGGAGCACUUCUCGGAGCAUCACUGGGGUUGAAAGAAGGACCGAUGUUCUUCUUUUCCGUAGGCUUGGCUUAUUAUUUGGUCUUGUUCGUGACUCUCUAUCAGAGACUUCCCACGAACGAAACCUUACCUAAAGAGCUUCACCCUGUCUUCUUCCUCUUUGUGGCUGCACCGGCUGUAGCUUCCAUGGCUUGGACCACGAUAUCUGCGUCUUUCGAUAUUGGCUCGCGCAUCGCUUACUUCAUCUCCUUGUUCUUGUACUUCUCUCUGGUUGUUCGGAUUAACUUUUUCCGCGGAUUCAAAUUCUCCUUAGCUUGGUGGGCUUACACGUUUCCUAUGACAGCGGUGGCCACAGCGACGAUAAAAUACUCAGGGGAAGUCAACGGAUUAGCAACUCAGAUACUGGCAGUUUUGCUGUCAGGAGCAGCAACUCUAACGGUGAUAGGUGUCCUGGUAUUGACAGUGGUGCACGCUUUUGUCAAACGUGAUCUCUUCCCCAAUGACUUCGCUAUUGCAAUAAGUGCAGAGCAACCAAAGCAGAAGAAAUGGUUGAAACAGCUCAUAAAUGGAAGUUUGGAAAAUAGUACGAGAGGUCUCAAGGUUUUGGACCCGGAAGAUACUCGAAUAGAUAUCGAAGCCCCUCCUUUAUCAAAUGCAGUGUGUCACACGGUUUAGUUAGCCAAGAGGUAUGAAACAAAGUAUACGCAGUUGAUAAAAAUAAAAUCAAAGUAUAAGUCACACGGUUGCAGCUUCGUCAGAAGACACAAGAAGGUUUACCAAGACAGCUCCACCAAACAGCUAGAUCUAUUUCAGCAAAGUCAGUCCCUUGCUUGAUUCUACCGGCUGACUUGCAAAGAAACUCUAUGAUCAGAUGGCUCAUAACUCAUGAGCAGGUUGUAUCAUGAGAGGUAGAAAAAUCCAUGCUCGUUUUAUUCUUCUUGUCAUUUGUAUCUUUGUAUCUUCAUACCUUGAAAUAUAUUACA